AUGGUGGAGGAAAUUUCUCAUCUAUGCAAGGGCCUCAAGCUCACAGAGGAGGAACAACAAGACUUCCAUCUACCGGAGGAGGAGUUUACGCUCGCACAGGAUAUCAGCAACUCCUGUCUUGUUGCUCUGGUAGCUUUAGACAGGGAAGUGAAUAAAGGGGCAUUCAAAAUAACAAUGUCCAGGGUCUGGAAUGCUGAACGUGGGAUAUCCUUCAAAGACAUAGGAAGGAACAAGUUCUUGCUCGAGUUCCAUAGUUCCAUCGUGCGGACCAGGGUGUUAACAGGUCAACCUUGGUCUUGCCACAGAAGUUUGAUCUGUAUUCAAGAAUGUACUGGCAGGCUGGCCUUAAAAGAUAUUGAGUUUUCAUUGGAACCAUUUUGGAUCCAACUCCACGACCUUCCCUUUCCUGCUAUGAACAGAAGAAUGGGUGAGAAACUCGGGGCUAGUGCUGGAAAGGUCAUCAUGGUGGAUGUUGAUGAAAAAGGAAGAGCUUGGCGGGGAGUCCUACGUGUGAAGGUGUUGCUUGACUUAUCAAAACCUUUGACUAGGGGAUGUGUAAUCAACGUAGGGGACUCUCGAUCCUGGAUACCUUUCAAAUACAAAAGACUACCUCCCUUUUGUUACCAUUGUGGUAUAAUUCUGCAUACACAACUCAGUUGUACAAGACGUGUCUCAGAUGGUAGUACUUAUGCUACUUCUCAACUCCAAUAUGGUCCGUGGCUCAAAGCUGACCCUAUUCAAAAGCCAAGGUUUCACAAAGCUCAAUCAAACAGUCUAGAGGGGAAGGCCUCAGGCAGCGGUCUGCAGGCUAGUUCCGAUGACCAAGGAUCUAAUUUUGGCGGGAACAACACUUUUCAAUAG